AUGGUGCAGCUACCCACCGAUCCCGACGACUAUGACAGGCGAACAGAACUCCUCCAGAUCGCCAAUUUCGUCGAUUUAUCGACUCGAGCGGUGUUCUUAGAGAUGGGCGUCUGGAACAAUAACCUCGGUCUCUUCGGCGUGGUGCUCGUUACGAUAGAGUUCAGUCCAUCUGGGCUGGUCUCAUCCGAGGUCCACGUCACUACCCUACAGCCUAGGAUUUUCCUCACCCCUGAGGGCCUCGGAAGUAUCGGCGAGUGGAUGACAACUUUCGGUGAGACCAGUCGCGUCCGUAUUGAGAAUCAUGACCACGGCAGGAGAAAGGCAGCCUCAGAGCUUGCCAAGGCCCGGUGGAAAUACUUCAAGUAA